AUUGCCAGUCAGUCUUGAACAAAGCCGCGAGCCGUUAAUGUCGAUCUCCAGUAGUCGACACACGUCUGCUUUCCGUGCCAGUAGUCAGUGCGUGCGUGUGGCUGUAUUCGCGUCGCCUGGAAUGACUGUUGUCCUUUCCUACCUGAUACCUCGUGCUUAGUCUUUCUUCUUUGCGUCGCGCGCCGUGCUAUUGCGCGUCAUAUUCGUAACUUAUUUGUUAUUGUAUAACCGGUCGCCUUAUUCUUUGUCAGACAUUUGCCGGUUCAAACCGAAAAGGAAGCAGGCAAUACACCGUUGCAGCGUGUUAAAGUGAAGAUGUCAAGCGGUUUUGCGCCGCUAAGGGUCUAGUAGCAUAAAAAUAUUACUACGUGACUAUAAUAUAUAAACUAGUAGAAACCAACAACAACUUUUUAAGCCAAAACCAGUACUCUACAUUGAAUCAAGCAAGUUGAUAACGUUGGACACCACCACAAAAAGCAACAACCAUGUUUGGCAUUAAAUAUUUAACAGAGUCCCAUUUAAAGGGCUUCGAUCGAUAUAAGUACAGCAGCAUCGACACCGGCUACAUCAGCGUCUAUAUCAUGCAUCCCUUCUGGAACUGGUGUGUUCAGUUCCUGCCGAAAUGGCUAGCACCGAACCUCAUCACAUUCACCGGCUUCCUGUUGACCGUGGUCAAUUUCAUUUUAAUUGCAUAUUACGAUUGGGACUUUCAGGGCGCCAACCACGAAGUGCACACGGUGCCGCGCUGGGUUUGGUCAGUGGCCGCCAUUAAUAUUUUACUUUACUACAAUUUAGAUGGCAUGGAUGGCAAGCAGGCACGACGCACUGGCACCAGCGGUCCGCUGGGCGAGCUCUUCGACCACGGCUUGGACUCUUACUCCGCUGUGCUGAUACCAAUUUAUAUGUUUUCGUUGUUUGGCACCAACGAUUUGCCGCCGAUUCACAUGUUCUUCGUUAUAUGGAAUGUUUUUCUUAAUUUUUAUUUGACACACGUCGAAAAGUACAACACCGGCGUGAUGUUCCUGCCAUGGGGCUACGACUGCACGAUGUGGGGCGUCAGCUUGAUGCUGUUCUUCACCACACUUGUCGGCCCGGAAAUUUGGCACGCGCGCCCCUUCUUGGGCCUCAGUAUGGCCAACCUAUUCGAGAUUGUGCUGAUUGGUUCGGCCAUGGUGAGCAGUCAUCCAAUCAUCAUCAAAAAUAUUUAUUUAUCAUACAAAAAUAAAACCGGCAAAAUGCGCCCAUUCUUGGAGGCGGCGCGCCCACUCUUCCCCUUCUUGUGGCUCUUCGUAAUCACAACGUUCUGGUGCUUCUACUCGCGCAACAGCAUCAUCGAUCUGUCGCCGCGCAUCAUCUUCAUACUCUUCGGCACGUUAUUUUCCAAUAUAGCGUGUCGCUUGAUAGUGGCGCAAAUGUCCGAUGUGCGCUGUGACGGCUUCAAUCUGCUGCUGUGGCCACUCUUGGCCACUGUGGCGGCCUCCUGUUUCCCCUGGUAUGAGCAGCUGCUGGGCAGCGAAAUUAGCGCCGACAUGGAAUGCUGGAUCCUGCAAGCCUUAACGAUUUUCGUCACCAUAGCACAUCUGCAUUACGGAAAAAGGGUGGUUUGCGAGAUGUGCGACCAUUUCAACAUUCGUUGCUUCAAAGUAAGAUACACUUCCUAUAUGCAACACAAAACAGUAACAAAUAACCUACCAAAGAACUUAGGAGCGGUAAACAACUCUCAUAAAUCAACACAAUUAACCGAGUCAUUAUUGAGUAAACGUUCAGUUAAUAAUAAAAAUGGGCCAAUUCAAAGCAAACUGUCAUAACUUGAGUAAUUAACAUCAUAUCACAUUAUAUAAAAUGAUACAAUUUGUUUUAACGUCACGAAUUUAUACCACUUGUCAUAUAUUAUACCAUUUAAGAUCUCCAUUUAUUACUAAGCACAAAAGUUGAGGGGCAUUUGAGGGUUUCUUAGGCUAAAUCUCGAGUUCAAUAUAUAGUACAUAUAGUAUGUAUAUACAUACAUAUAUACAAAGAAAAUUACGGACGGACGGAAAUUCGAGUAAAUAUAUACACAAGAAAGAGUUGAAAUGCCAAAGUUCAAUAGGACAAAGAUAACCGAAAGUUAGUUGCCGAAUCAAGGUGUUGAUGACGUAUAAUAAAUAUCGUGCCUCAGCUCGUUUUUGUUGCGGUUUUUGAGAGCGAUAUUAGGUAUAUAUUAAGAUAUUAUAAGAUUUAUUCAAUCUUUUCGACAUCUCAAGCGUUUUAUGGGUUGAAUAUUACCCAAAUCAAAUAUAAUUAAAUAUAUCGUCACCUAAAAUGCAAAAUAAUGUAACAUCACUUUUCAUAAGUUUCCAGGUGUAAGAGAAGCGAUGUAAUAGAAACCACUCAUAUUAAAACAAAAUUUGUGUUUUGGUUAUAAAAUGGUUAUAUAUUGCUUAUAUAUUGGUUAUAUAUUCGGUAUAUAUUGGUUAUAUAUUGGUUAUAUCUGACAACGGAGGCUGAAAAUUUUAUGUUGCAUAUAUGUAUGUUACACGAUGUGGUGAAUCGUAAGCAAUAAAAAAAAUAAUUUAAAUUUUUUUGAUGAUACGUUGGUGGCAUUUUAGGUGACGGUAUGUAAUUGUACAUAUAUUUAGAAUAUAUUGAAUAUAUUAUCACGAGUUUAGUAAAGUAAGCAGCAUCAUAGUUGCUAACCAUAUAUUAUGUGAAUAUAUAAUUUUAUAAGUGAAACCUGGUUAAUUCUAGUUUUGGUAAGUCUCAUAAGCACUAACGAAUAUUAUAGCGGGAAGUUUACAGUGUAAUUAAUACUUGGCGUACUAACAACAAAAACAAUAAAACAACAACGACUAUUAACUAGAACAUAAGCUAGCAUAUUGAAGGUGUAGUUAAGAUAAAUCUGAAAAUAAAGCAAGUUGGUAUACAAGUUUGGAAUGCACAGGCAAAGAUAAAUGUGUUUUCUACUAAAAUUGAAAAAAAAAAAAAUAAUUUAAAAUUUUUUGACAAAGAAGUGAUCCUUAUUAUAUAGACUUCAUAUUUUGCUAGUCACUAUAGAAAUACAUAUCUACACAAAUGCAACUCUGAACUUAUCUAACAAAUACUGAAGUCAAAUAAUAAAUAUACGUAAAUGACUAUUUUUAGAAAAAAAACUCAAAGUUUUUCAUUGCUUGGGUUGAUUUGGUUUACAAGCACAGAUUUGUCGCUUUGACUCAAAUGUGUUUCUGGAAAAGCAUGUAUACACGCUGUGACAAA